UCGCUGCUGCCCAGUCGGGUUCUAGUCAGGGUGGAGGCUGGUCUCCGUACACGGGCGCGAGUCUGAACGAGAACUUCGAGGGGCCUAUUCACAACUCGACGCUGCAUGCCGCCACGUUCACAGGCACCAGUCUGGAGUUUCCGUUCAGUGGCACGCGCGUCGCGGUGUAUGGUAGCGUUUGGCCGCCCUCGACGACGUACGCUCCACUGACGGUAUCCGAAUACGCCGUCGUGGGCGCGGGGUCCACGACGAACAUCUCGACGGGCUCGUUCCAGGCGCCGAACUUCACCGUCCCGAAGAACAACAUCAAUCUAUUUACCUCGAAUGACAUGCCGUACGGGACAUACGUUUUGACUGUGAACGUUACGCGCACCUCUAUCGAUUCCCCGUACUACCUCGACUACUUUGCGGUUCUGGUGCCCGACUCCGCGCCCACAUCCGUUUCGACAUCGGCCUCGGCCGCACCCGUGUCCGGCUCAAGUGCGGAGGCAGCGUCGACAAGCCCUCCAAUGCCGGUGUCGUCUCUGUCGAACCAUGAGUCUCUGCCCAUCGGCGCGAUUGUGGGCGUUGCAGCUGCUGCUGCCGUCCUCAUUGCCACGGUGGUCGCUAUCGCCGUAUACAGGUGCGCGCGGCGACGCCGGGGUGCCCCAGAGUAUCAGUACGAGUUCGUGGGCGAGCAGGAUGAAGAACCUCCGCUGGUGACGCCUUUCGUGAUGCCCGAGCUCGUGUAUGCUAUGCGAGAAGCCGCGCACCAUGACGCCCUUGCGAUGGCUCGACCACCGUACGCAACGCCCCCGCCGUCCCCAGCCCCCUCGGGAGAUGCCAAUCCGCGCGGCGGUGUGCGAGUGCAUUGGGAGGGUGCAGCAUCGAACCCUGCUUGCGCGGAGGGAUUGCAUGAAGGAGAGGAGUCACCGCCAGCAUACACGCCUCGCUGACGCCUCGAUGGGCCGCGAUGUUGUAAGUUUCGGGUUUACGUACGUCGUGAGGUUGUGGCCAUGUUGCGCGCGGAGUCGGAUGGCCCGGUCGUGGAGGUAUUUGUUCAGUUGUAUCGCAUUCGGGGAGUUGUGGGGCCGAGUGGGUAGUAUGAUGAUAGUUCACCGGGCCCUUAUACUAAUAGGUAAACUGACUGGUAAGUGUUGAGAUAAUGUAGUUCGGCAAACGCACUUACCCUCCGAGGUUAACGC